GAUGUGACGCUGUCCGAGCUUUGCGCCGGACUGUAACUGUUGACCGGAACCCCCCACUGGCAUCAAGCGUAUCAAGGCGCGGGACGGGCGGGCUACGUCCGAUCACAACUCAACGUUGAUGCGGCCCAACGAGGGGCGGUCAAUCCCGACUAGGUUCCGUAAGCCCAGUCACGAUGGCCGUAGUCUUCCAAGCGCACUAUAUAUACGGCGACAACUCGUUUGUGCAGGCCCCAGUCGCUGUGGAUCUUUCGCGGCACUCUGGUGCACUCUGAAAACAAGGCUGGUCCUCUCAGGCUUCUGCUUCAGCACCUGCUCCCGACCCUCUGGCAGGGUAUUCUCUUCGUUUCUACGACUUGUGCUACGUGAACCUAUCGACACAAUGCGACAAUUCACAGUCAACCUAGUUUCCUUCGUGUUGCUCUUCUGCACUAUCUUUGCAUGGGCUGCCCCGAUCGUAGUCCUCUUUGACCCGCGACACGGGUAUUCCCCUGUCUCGCUUCCUGUCCGCAAUCUGCAAGUGCGCGCCGGAGACGAGGCGAUACUCAAACUGGGCAGAGAGAAUAUACCUGUGCGUCCGAACGAAAGGCAAGGCGCCCAUGGCGCCGUGUACCGUGUCGUCGACGGAAGGUAUAAGGGCGCAUACGCUAAAGCCCUUGUGUCCGAGCAUGAGAUUCGGGCGACCGAAGCCGUCGGAGCGCUCCUCACGCACGGGCUCGACAACUACAAGCAGUCUUGGGUCAUCAUCCGCCCCUCACCAGGCAAGCGGCUCGACCAAACGAGCGCGUUCAGCCACGUACAUUCGGACGCCAAGAAAUGCAACGAAUUUCUCGACCACGCGGCGGGGGUCGCGGCGAAGCACAUCAUGCAAACAUACCAGAGCAAGCAUUGGCUCCACCAGGACCCCUCGAUCGACAACAUCCUUUUCGACGACUCCGUCACUCAAGCGCACCUGAUCGACUGGGGGUGCGCAUCGCAGACGACGCGUACUGACGAGAGGAGUGUUCAGGGUCACGUCAGAUACGCAUUCGCACAAGCAAACAUUUGCCCGAAGGGCCCCCGCGACUUCAGCGUCGCUCCCUUCCACUGCCCGGUACCUCCAACCCUCAAGCAUCCGCCAAAGCCGAGGGGCAAGUGGUUCUAAGGACAGCUGCUUACGC